AUGCAAGGCAGCUCCCCGAAGGACAAGGUCCAGUUCCACUUUCGCUUUUUCCUUGUUUACAGUUUGUUGCGAGUUGCCCCUCUGAGCCCGGCGCCCCUGCUAGCACUGGACGCAAAAGUGGAGCCCACCUCUGGAGAAAGCUCAGGGGGGGAUCCCUGUCACGUGGGCUCCUUCGUUCAAUUUUACGACGGACGGGACAGGAGCUCGCCUCUUCUCGGACCUCCUCUUUGUGGCAAGAGUCCACCGCGGCCGGUGCUCUCCACAGGAAACUACCUGACCCUGCGACUGGUCACCCGUGGUACUCAGCCCAGAGUGGACUUUGUGGGGGACUUCACAUCCUUCAGACUUGGUUUCAACCAUUCUUUGUGCAGCAGUGAGCCUUACUUCACUUGCAGGAACGGAAAGUGUAUCCCACUCAGUCUGGUGUGCGAUGACAAGGGCAUUGACAACUGCGGGGAUGGGAGUGACCUGGAAGAAAAUCUAACCACAGGGUGCAAAGACUCUCCUGCCUCUGUGUCCUUGUGGGUACUCUUCAUGAUUGUGGGUGUGCUGGUGGGAUCGGCAGUGCUCUGCUGGUGCUGUUGGUCUCCCGGCUGGUUCCUGUGGCGCAUAAGUAUUUUCCGCUUUCUGUCACGCUGCAACUCACCGUGCGCCUCUUGCCAACUCUGCGUCAACAGCUGCGCUUCCAGCAAGGAGCAGCGUCUGGCAAAAGUCAGCCCACAGCCACCGCCCAACGGCGUGCUCGUCACCGGCGCUGACGAAAGGCUUUCUGCCGCCGCCGCCGGGCUUUAA